CCCCCCCACACACACACUGCUAAUGGGAGAGGAGGAGUGGAGUAAGGAGAAGGGAAGGCAGGGGGGUGAGGCGCAGAUACUGCAGCUCGUGACCCAGGGCGUUGGGAAGUGGAGACCCUAUGCAAAUUGUAUGCAAAUCAGGAAAGUGCACAGGUGCUGACCUCUUGGCCGCCAGGGCUCUCACGAGGCCUAGCGUUCUGGGGGCCGGGGCCCGGCUGGGUCAGGGCCCCUCUGAGGGAGAGGCCAAGUCUCCUGAGUGCCCUCCUCCGACCCGGGAGUCGCUGAGAGCCGAGGAGGGUCCUGGAGAAAGAACCUCCGGACCUGGGACCUGGAGCAGUGGAGUUAGGCCCCAGCCCCUGGCCUGGCCCUCCCUCUCCCCAGCCCCUUGUCCGUUGUUGCGGAAGAGAAGUGUCGGGUUACAGCCCAGGGGCUAUAGUUAGCCGCGGGGACUUUGUUUGUCAGCCGGACUCAGAGCGGUGCAGUCAGCCCCAACCUCCGCGCCCCUUCCCGCUCAGCCUCCGCACCUCCAGGGAUGAUGCUGGCUGUCUUGCUCACCGUCCUCAGCUACCUUGGCCUCCACACACUCUGGCAGGCCCAGGCUGUUCCAAUCCUGGCCCUGGGUCUGGCCCCAGACACCUUCGAUGAUGCUUAUGUGGGCUGUUCGGAGGAGAUGGAGGAGAAGGCAGCCCCCCUGCUGAAGGAGGAGAUGGCCCGCCAUGCCCUGCUGCGGGCCUCCUGGGAGGCAGCCCAGGAGGCCUGGGAACACAAGCAGCGAGGGCUUGUUCUGCCCCCUGGAUUCAAAGCACAGCAUGGAAUAGCCAUUAUGGUCUACACCAACUCAUCCAACACCUUGUACUGGGAGCUGAACCAGGCCGUGCGGACGGGUGGAGGUUCCCGGGAGCUCUACAUGAGGCGCUUCCCCUUCAAGGCCCUGCAUUUCUACCUGACCCGGGCCCUGCAGCUGCUGCGGGGCAGUGCCGGCUGCAGCAGGGGACCUGGGGAGGUGGUGUUCCGAGGCGUGGGCAGCCUCCGCUUUGAACCCAGGAGGCUGGGAGACUCUGUCCGCUUGGGCCAGUUUGCCUCCAGCUCCCUGGAUGAGGCGGUGGCCCGCCGAUUUGGUAACGCUACCCUCUUCUCUCUAAGGACUUGCUUUGGGGCCCCCAUCCAGGCCCUGUCUGUCUUCCCCGAGGAGCGUGAGGUGCUGAUUCCCCCCCAUGAAGUCUUCUUGGUCACCAGGUUCUCCCAGGAUGGAGCCCGGAGCCUAGUGACUCUCUGGAGCUAUAAUCAGACCUGCAGCCACUUUAACUGCGCCUAUCUGGGUGGGGAGAAGAGGCAGGGCUGCGUGUCUGUCCCAGCUGCUUUUCUUUUCUCUCUCAUGGUAGGGCAGCCAGAAUUACCCUCCAAAGGGGCCUUCUCGCUGCUCCCCUGGAAGACCCUGCUCUUAGGCCCUGGGGGACUCCGGCUCUCAGAGGCUGGGCUCUGAAAGUCCAACACCUGCCACUUAGGAAUCGCAGGAACUGGUGACCUUCAUUUGAAGAAGGGGUGAUUUGGACAGGGUCAAGAAACAAGAACAUGGCUCCGGAUCCAGCCCUAAAAGCCAUCUCCCCAACCAGGAUGACGGGGGAUCUGAGGCAAUGGCAGGGUUGAGGGGGUCUGGCUAGGUGGUGGGGACUGCGUGGGACAAGCAGGGGAAGUCCUGUGAUGGCCCCUCCAUUAAACGGUGUUGCAGUGUGGAGACA